AUGGAAGUUGGCCAUUUCAAAAAAACAUGCCCCCUUCGGCCUAAAGAGUAUGGACCUGCACCUGCACCAGCUUCUGCACCACAAACAGGAAUUGCAUUUGCAUCACCACAGCCUGGUCCUGAACCUGCAUCUGCAUCACCACAGCCUGCACCUCAACCUGCAUCUACACCACAAGCUGCACCUACAUCUGCAUCACCACAACUAGAUCCUGCACCUGCACCUGCACAACCUGGACCUCCACCACCAUCUACACUACAAUAUGGACCUGCACAGCCUGGACCUCCACCACCAUCUACACCACAAUAUGGACCUGCACCACAUGAGCCAACAACACAGAUAACUCAUGCAGCUGAAUUAUCCCAACCAGUCCACCAAAAUCUCAUUCCUCAUCCAACACGUGGUAGACCUUUUUCAAGGCAAAAAUUGCAGCAUAGACGAGGAGCUGUUUGGUAA